AAUACCAUCCUACAACAUAUGUAAAAUAUCCCAAGCUUGCUGGCACUUAUACUGCUUAUUGCCCCCUCACAUAGCACGGCCCAGUUUGAUACCCAUCUGAGUCAAUUUUGUUUGUUAUUUUUUUUCCCUGGCCGAUUGCUUCUUCUCAAGACUCCUAUACGGAACAGCAGGCUGCUUUUAAUAUAAUUCGCCUCGACGUUUUUGAAAUAUGGCUUCCAUCUUUACUUACGAUCCGGACCCUCCAAGGGUCUCCUCUCCAUGGUCCACAUCCGGGUCAUCCACUCCCCAAGUAGCUGCGACAGUGGCCCGUACAGUGACUCGGAAUCAGUCCUGUACCAACCUAGACCAUGCAGACCCCAACGUUCUGUCGGACUAUGGGAUCACGAAGCUGGAGCCGGAGCCGCAAGAAGGGCCUACUGAGUACAAGUUGCACCUCCUCCUCCGAUCAAGGAGGCUUUAUACGGCCAUGUCCACUGGCCAUCUCGUGGGUGGUUCUUACCACACCCGCUUGCCCUUGCCCGCCUCGGCUCCGACGCCAUCCAGUUAUGAAUCAACCUCGAAGCAAUUCCAAGUUCGUUCGACACAAAGUCGCCAGCAAAGACUACAGCAAUUGACAACUCAAUUGUUGUGGCGCUUGCAGCAAUCUUCACCUUUUCAUUCGUCCACCGCUGCCAAUCUUGUGCUCCCCGUUCUCCCAGAGGCAGCUCUGGAACUUGGAAUCCCUCAGAAACCAGCUCGCUUGCUUCCUGGACUUGAGGAAAGUCAGGGUGCUCUGUACGAGAUCGGCGUCGCCGACGAUGGCACUUUUGUUGGGCUCACUCAUGACGAGCUAGAAGAAAGCCUGACUAAUCUGCAGGUGAUGGCUGGUAGUCUUGGUUGUAAGGUCGAGAUUCUUCGCCGAGUUAUUGUUGGCAACUGCGAAUGGGUUGAGGGGCUGUGUGCUCCAGAUGCUGGCAUUGGCAAAGCCCACGCAGAGGAUCUUUGGGUUGCCGAGGCUCUAGUGAGUCCAGACUGGGACUAUUACCGAAUCGAAUCCCCAAGGAAUGGCUCUCAUAAUGGCGGGUCACCAUCGCUAGCGGCGAGGCAAGGAAUGUUGGAUGAUGACCAGUCUAAAACGGAACAGAUCCGUAUCUCCAUCACCGGUCCAACUACGGCUGGAAAGUCCUCGCUUUUGGGUACUCUGACCUCGUCUGUACUUGACAAUGGGAGAGGAACUAGCAGACUAAGUCUUCUGAAGCACCGACAUGAGAUUUCAUCCGGGAUCACAAGCUCAGUUGCGCAUGAGCUGAUAGGAUACGCUGCCAAUGAGCAGGCCGAGGACACUCUCGAUGUGGUCAAUUAUUCGUCAGGCAAUGUUGCAGCGUGGGACGAUGUACACGCAGCCUCGACGCAGGGUCGUCUUGCAUUCGUCUCUGACCUCCCAGGCUCAGUACGUUAUCUGAAAUCUACGCUUCGUGGCCUGGUUAGUUGGGCUCCACAUUAUGUGCUGCUGUGCAUUCCGGCAAAUUGCGGUGAUGAGGCCACAAAGGAGCCCCAGCUCAAUUCCACGGAGCAGACUGCUGACAUGGAUUUAGCAUUGUCACACCUUAAUCUCUGCAUAAAGUUAGAGAUCCCUACAAUUGUGGUGAUCACUAAAAUGGACCUUGCCUCUCGUGCCUGCCUAAAACAAAACCUUACGAAAGUUCUGUCGGCGUUGAAACAUUCCGGCAGAAAGCCUGUAAUGCUGCCUGUGCAAUCUGGCAAUCCUGAAGCUGCGCCAGACCUGCACCACGUGGGACCGAAAGACAGUGCGGAAAUCAAGAAACUGAUCGCUACAACAGACAGUUGGUCUUCAACCGUUCCGAUAAUCCUGACUAGUGCUGUCGAUGGCUCGGGGAUAGGGAUGUUACAUGCUCUGCUAGGGUAUCUACCUAUCCCUUCAAGACCAUCUUUACGAACUAUUUCCUUACCAAAAGCGCUGCCGCUGCCGGCUCUUGCUACAAACAUCUUCGAUGUUGACGAAGUAUUUGCCAUUCCUCCGUCAAAGGUCUACUCCAUAUCCAUGGAACAGUCUUCCAAGGAAAGCCAUGGGGUUGUUCUCUGUGGCUUAGUACGCUACGGAGCCAUUUCGAUAGGGGAUGAGCUGGUCAUCGGACCGCUUCCAGACAGCACUCCACCGGAACAUGGAAGUAGGGUUCGAUCGGAACGGCGCUCGGAGACCCAAUCCCAGUUUGAAUCCUUCCGGAGUAGGCCGUCAUCAGGAGAUUUUUCUACCUCGUUUGCCCAAGGAUCUUUUCCGGGAAAGGUACUUUAUCCAACUCAAGCGCACUGGCAGCGUGUCCGCGUAGUCAGUGUUCGGAAUCUCCGGUUGCCGGUCCGGAAGUUAGUUGAGGACCAAGUAGGCACAAUAGGUGUUGAGCCCCUUUCUACUUGUCAAGGCGAGCCGCCUCCUCGGCUUGGUCGAAUACGAAAAGGAACCAUCCUGGCCAGCUUUCCAGCACCAUCUGCAGGCACCAUUCCCAAGUCACUAUUAUUCCACACAGGCUUCGUCGCUAGCUUCGAUUCUAGUGAAUUCGCUUCCUCGUUAUCCCCACCGCUACUAUUGGGUGGGAACGCGAUCGUAUAUAUUGCCAACAUUCGGUCAACAGUAAAAGUGACUUGUAUGGCGCUUGCAGAUGAUGAGGUCGUCUCCUCACCUCCGUCGCCGACAGAGCUAGAGUUCUUCAGCUUCGAUGGCGAUGCCAACGACCAUGAUAGAGGAGACGAACUGGAACUGAACAAUAUGAUCAGACCAUCGGCCAAUUCAUCUCUUGGGGAUAUCAAGAUUACAUUUUGUUUCGUGACCUCGGUUGAAUGGGUGGAAGUUGGGGCUCGGGUACUUCUCAUGCCUGGGGCAUCAGCCGCGCUAGCGUCUACGCAGAGCUCAGGUUCACCUUCAGGUGUGGCGGGCUUCGUUGGUAGGAUUUGUGACGUAGUUUAUUCCGCAGAUUUGAGUAAAUGAUGUGAGCCAUUUGUUGAGAUAUAUGUUUGUCAGAUAGCAGUUAUAUAUGUUUAGGGUUUGUUUGUUCGUUCGUUCAGUUUUACCUCAUAAA